UUUGGGCGUCUGGCCUAGUUGGGCCCAGGAGCUCCCUACCCCAGCUUGAACCUAAAGUUGAUGAAAACAUCGGUGCGGACUUUUCGGAGAAACCACGAGAUACAGAGGGAGGAUGAGAUGUGAGAAUGGAACUUGGAACGAUGAUGCUUGAAUGCCUCUUUGCGGAGAAAGUUGGUGUAAUCCACAGUCAUAUAACAUCGGGUAAUUCUUGUAAGGAAGAAAGUUAGUCCGACGGCAGUUGAAGAGAAGCUUUUCACCUUCCGCAACAAAAGUGGCACUGACACUUCACAGCGCAACUUGGGCGUUGAUAAUUCUCGAAUUGAUACAGUAUAAACUGAUUCAGAUUGGGGUAUAAAUGCGAAAUGAUGAAUUAGGGCUAGCCCCAAUUAUCGUCUGUUCAGUUAUCAAGUACUAACAUUAGGUGUUGUAUCACAACCUUGCUGAGCCGCAUACUAACACCCGUCGAUCAGCACCUACUCUUGGUACGGAGGUACAGUACCAAGAAUCCACAAAAACAAACCUCCGCCAAAUCCUCAUCCUCCACUCGCAAUGGCCACAAUGACAACGUCGUGAUAGUUUGUCAGAAGAUCCCGUCAUGAGCUAAACCAACAUCCACGCCCACAAAUGCCACCUUCGACAAUAACAGCAUGUCAGCAUCAGCGCAUGCUACUCCAAUGGUCCGACCUCGUGUCGAAAGUGCAAGUGUCCCCAACGAGGUACAAUCAACCACCGACGAUGCGCCAGUCAAUGCCGUGAAUGCUACGCCCAAGAAGAAGGAACCACCACCUGAGAAGCCAGAGCAUAUUCGAUUGAGGAUUUUGGUCAUUUCGUCAUGGUGGGCGAUUAUUAUGUUCCUGGGCCUGCCCGUAUGGUGGUAUACAACUACCAUCUACAGGGCGUCACUGCCACUGGAUGAAAUGAGGGAUUGGGCAGAUGGUAGAGUGUGUGCCAGCAAUUGGAUUGACAGUUUAUAUACUAAUAUAAGUAGGUCUGCCGUCCAGUUUUCCCACUACGAAUUUCAAUCGAGGCAGAUUCUCUGCAAGAUCACGAAUCGCAACAUCUUCUACGAACGACUCAACAUGCCCUCGAUGACUUGAAUGAUUUCUCGGCGCAUCAUCUACGAUUACAACUUUCUCCCCCCACCAACGCAUCCGUAUCUGCAAAUGGGAUAUCAGUCGAAGGAGGGGAUGAAGAGGUGGCAUUAAAGAUACGAUUAUUACCUGGCACAGAAACCAAGAUUGAUCUACAAGCAUACUCUCCAAUACUCGAUGUUUACUACACUCCCAAUCAAAUACCCUCAAGCUCUUCUUCAUCAUCCUCCCUCGCCACAUCCAUCGCAAAUAAAUUGAGGGAAUUGUUUGCAGAAGAACAGGCUAUGAUAGCAUACCUAUUAUCAACCAGUUCUGCUCCACCAGAACGAAGUCCCAAAGCAUUGGCACCAGAAGUCACAGAUUCAUUAGCAAAAUGGACAACUCGAUCCAUGAAAUAUUCUCGUACAUACCAUCUCACAUUCUCACUUUUCACACCCACUGCUGUCCCAUCAUCAUGGGAUAUUGAAGCCGCAUUGGAGGAACAUAUGAAACCUCUUCUAGACAGCUUCUCCUCCAUCAGCAACUUCACAAUCGAUACACAAGUCCAACUCUACGCUACUCCAGGAGUUAGUGGUUCAGUUCUCAAGAAAGCAGACUUGAGUGGUUUUAUCAACGCUGCCGAAUGGCCAUUAAGUCCCAGCAUUGGAGGUGCCCCAACCGUAAACUUUAUCGUUUACGUAGGAGACAUGGAAGUCGAAGGUGGCGGAAAAAGUUGGUUGAUUCCCCAAUGGGGAGGAGUAGUAAUCCAAUCCGACAUCACCGACCUCCGACCCGCAAUGCUGAUCUUCUCAAACCAACUCAUGUCCCUCCUCGGAGCCCCAGAAACCGGUUCUCUCCCCCUCCGUCUUCUAACACUCAUCCGCGUCCGCUCUGCCGGCCUUCUUCUCAAAGCCUCGGGAACAAUGGGAAGUCUGGCUCGAUUAUCAGACGCCCUUCGCAGUAUCAGUAUUCCAAAGAGUGUCGCGGACGGUGUAUACACCACUAUCGAACAUCUGAAUCAAGCUUGUGAGGGUCUGGGUGGAAAGGAAGGACUAGAGAAUGCCAGAAUUGCAGAGGAGGCUGCGGAAAAGGCAUUUUUUGAGAAGAGUAUGGUGGGCCAGGUAUACUUUCCUGACGAGCAUAAGAUUGCGGUUUACAUGCCACUUCUUGGGCCCGUGGGCGUGCCGCUUGUCAUGGGGGUUCUGAAGGAAUUCAAAGCGUGGAGGAAGAGGAGGAUGGGUGGGGUAUAGUUAGGAUAUAGGAUCUUAUAUUUAUGAUUGUCUUUGCCCUCUUGUCUUGGACUGGUUUUGAUGGUGAUGUGAUGAUGAUGAGGUGGGUAUCCAUAAGUACAAGAACGUAGAUAUCCAAGUACUAC